ACGGUGCAUUUUGUUCAUGUUCCCAUAAGACGACGCGUCUGGGACGACCGGCUGUCUGACAACGCACUUCUCUUACGAUCCCCCACCUCACGAACACUUCCUGACCAUGCGCGGCGAAAUCUGCGUUAGCUUCGGCUUCGUCCUCUCCGUUGCCUCCCUAUGUCUUCUUAUCGUUACCCAUUGUGGUCAAAUCAACACCGACAAGGUCCCCAACAAAGUGUCCAUGGCACAACUUAAUACGUCGGGCUAUGCAGAUACGCUCGAAGUCGCGCUCCUCGAUCCCGUGGAGGGACUGUACGCAUCCAAUGCCAGCGCACCGCUUGGCGAGCAGCAGGGCCUCCGCGAGCUCUACCGAUGGGGCAUGUACUCAUACGGCGGCUUCAUCAACAUCAACGAGACCACCCACAACGGAACGAUAUCGAACAAGACCGCGGGGUACCAGUACCGUCCAUACGACGCACUGCUGAGCGACAUGCCCGAGCACUACCGGGUCAUCACCGACGCCAUUAUCACCGACAUGUCCUUCACGGACUCGAGCUACCUCGGCUCCAUGACCAAGGCAGCGUACUGGAUGCUGCUGCUCGCCACGAUCACGACCUUCCUCGCCGCGGUCACCGGCGUGAUCAAACGCAGCUACCUGUUCUUCUUCUCGACGGCGAUGUCAAUCAUCAGCGCGCUGCUCCUGCUCAUCGGAUGCACUGUGUAUACCGUCGCAGUGAAGAAGUCGCAGAUCAUCAACGACUUCACCAUCGAGAGCCAGUCGACAGGGGAGGACACGCCAUUAGGCCUCGUCGUCUCCGUCGGAGAGGGAAUCUACCUGAUCUGGGCUGCCUUUGUGUUGACCUUCGUCUCGGUGAUUCCUUACAUGCUUAGCUGCUGCACGUACCGAGGAUGAAGAAUUUGGUGAUGCUGGACAUCCCCUCUCUUGUCACGACCAAAUUAUAGAAAGCCACGAACAAUAAUGAGUCUCAUGUGUACUGUAGUAUAUUUACUGACCUGCCCGACCCGUUCAUAGACGAACGCUGUCGUCUCGACGCCAUGGUCGCCGUUUCGACGUUGUCGUCGUUUCGGCGCCAUAGUCGCUGAUCGGCACCACGUCUUGACGCCUCUUACAUAUUGUAUCAUCGCGUUCUUAUGCUCUUCUAUACGCGGAGCACGCAAAACCCCGCCCGCGACACCUAGUGCUUUGGCGUAUAGUCGAAUCCCAUCUUACCGGACUUUUAUUAUGUUGCGACGACCGAGAAGUACGAGUUCGACGUCAUGCUGGCCGGCUUCGUGCCUCUGAAAAGUUAAAGUUCAGUGGAAUUGAGGUCGAUAGACAUACGUAUGGUCACAAAAGGUUUCCCAGCC